UCAGUGCCAGUGUCACUUGUCAGUGCCCAUCUGUGCCACAUUUCGGUGCCCAUCUGUGCCACAUUUCGGUGCCCAUCUGUGCCACAUUUCGGUGCCCAUCUGCGCCACAUCAAUGCCACAUAUCAGUGCCCAUCUGAGCUGCCUUUCAGUGUCACCCAUCAAUGCCAGUCAGUGCCACCUAUCAAUGCCCGUCAGUGCCACCUGUCAGUGCCUGCCCAUCAGUGCCACCAACCAGUGCCUCCUCAUCAGUGCCCAUCAGUGCCACCUAUCAGUGUCCAUCAGUGCAGCCUAUCAGUGCCCAUCAGUGCAGCCUCAUUAGCGCACAUCAGUGAAGGAGAAAAAUCACUUAUUUACAAAAUUGUAUAACAAAAACUAAGAAAAAACUUUUUUUUUUUUCAAAA